AUGAGUGAUUUCAGUGAAGAAUUGAUAAGGUCCAAGACAGAGGAUGACCAGGAGGAAUCAUGUGUAUUCUCUGGUACAGGAAUGUCUUUUCCUUGGCUCCAAAAGUAUAUAGGGACUGUGGCAACUGGAGGGAAGAAGGAGAAGGAUUUUGCUCAGACAACAAAUGCUUGUUUGAGUUUUAUCCAAGAAGCGCUGCUGAAGCACCGAUGGCAGAAGGCUGCCGAAUUCAUGCACAGUUACUUCCAGAUCUUGGAAGAUUCGGAUAGCCACAAGAGGCAGGCUGCGCCCGAGAUUAUUUGGAAGCUCGGAAGUGAAAUUCUGUUUUAUCAUCCCAAAAGCAAUGUGGAGACUUUCAAUACCUUUGCUGACAGGAUGAAAAAUAUUGGUGUCAUGAAUUACUUAAAGAUCUCCUUACAACAUGCAUUAUACCUUCUGCAUCAUGGAAUGCUUGAAGAUGCAAACAGAAAUCUCAGUCAUGCAGAGACAUGGAGAUAUGGUGAAAAAUCGUCUUCCCAGGAAGUGUUAAUCAACCUUAUUCAGGCCUAUAAAGGGCUUUUGCAGUAUUAUACUUGGUCUAAAAAGAAGAUGGAAUUGUCUACGCUUGAUGAAGAUGAUUAUGCUUAUAACACAGCAUCCCAGAAUAUGCUCAACCACAGCUGGAAGACAUCUGUAAACCUUUGUGCAUUGAUUCAAACUCCUGGAGUUUGGGACCCUUUUGUGAAGAGUUAUGUAGAGAUGUUGGAAUUCUAUGGGGAUCAAGAUGGAGCCCGAGAGGUACUCACCAAUUAUGCCUAUGAUGAAAAGUUCCCAUCAAAUCCAAAUGCUCACAUCUACUUAUACAACUUUCUAAAGAGAGAGAAGGCACCGAGAGAGAAACUGAUAAGUGUGCUGAAGAUUUUGUAUCAGAUUGUACCAUCUCAUAAACUGAUGUUAGAAUUCCAUAGGUUACUGAGGAAAUCAGAGAAAGAAGACCACCAUAAACUGGGGUUGGAGGUAUUAUUUGGAGUCUUAGAUUUUGCUGGAUGUACUAAAAAUAUAACUGCUUGGAAAUAUUUGGGAAAAUAUCUGAGACAGACUUUAGUGGGGAAUCACCUUGCCUGGGUUCAAGAAGAGUGGAACUCCAGGAAAAACUGGUGGCCAAGCUUUCACUUCAGCUCCUUUUGGGCAAAAAGCGAUUGGAAAGAGGAUAAAGCAUUGGCUUGUGAGAAAGCUUUGGUAGCUGGAAUAUUGUUAGGAAAAGGUUGCAGAUAUUUUCGGUUUAUCUCCAAACAAGAUGAUCAAGUCUUAAGGAAAAAAAUUAAGCGGAUAAAGAAGUCAGUGAAAAAACACAGUAUUGUAAAUCCAGGACUCUGAUAUUGAAUAUCAGUUGUUUCAGAUGAGUAGCUGCAGAAUAGUAGCUCGGUGGGUAAUCAUUGAAUGUAUUAUUUAUUUGGUGUUUCUAGGAGGUAGUUUAUA